UCGAUAUCGACAGUGUGCUUAAUAACUUACUCCACAUUUAAAUUAAAUUCCUGCUUCGUUUACUGGUAAAUUAAUCUUAAAAUAUUUACAUUAGAAAUUGCUAAUAAUCUGUUACUUUUUGCCAAACUAUGUAGCUCUAUAAAUCAUUAAAUGUUUUAUUAAGGUAAAUAAUUAACUCUGCUUUAUCCCGUCCUUGAAAAAUACCGACUGCACAUUCUAUAAUUCCUGUUAUUGACACCAUUCCUCUAGAUUAUGUACUUUUAAUUCGAUUAAGCCUUAUGAUAGAUUCUGAUCGCACUUAACAGGUUUUGUAAUUUUUAUUCGCCUCGUUUUAUUUCAUGUUGUAUCAGUGUUUCAGUUAGUUUUAGGAUGAUAACGUCAAUAUUUAAUUAGAGGUGAUUUUAAAGUAGAAAACGCUAUCAAAAUGAAGGAAAUGGGUUCACUUGAAAAACUGAUUAGUAAAAGUGAUGAUGAUCUUACUACACAGCCCAUCAUGAAUGAACUCGUUGAUAGGCCUUUAUCGCAAGUUGAAAAGACCUUUCUUCUUCACGCGGAACGAGGAGACUGCGCUACGGUCAAAAAGAUCAUAGAUGAUUACAAAGACAAUCCUGUUGAAUUCGAUAUAAAUUGUGUAGAUCCUUUAAAUCGCUCUGCUUUGAUAUCGGCUAUUGAAAACGAAAAUAUCGAGCUAAUCAAACUUCUUCUAAAUGAAAAUAUUAGAGUUAAAGAUGGUCUGUUGCACGCAAUUAAAGAAGAAUACGUCGAAGCAGUAGAAAUUUUACUAAAUUGGGAAGAACAACAUCAUGUUGCAGGUGAAAAAUAUAGUUGGGAGAGAACUGAUCGUUCAACGUCAACAUUUACAUCAGAUAUAACACCCCUAAUUUUAGCAGCUCACAAAAAUAACUACGAAAUAAUUAAGCUACUUUUAGACAGAGGUGCUACUCUGCCUAUGCCGCACGAUGUGAGAUGCGGUUGCGAUGAAUGUGUUUUCUCUAGUAAAGCCGAUUCCCUUCGUCACUCACAAUCCAGAAUAAACGCUUAUAGGGCAUUAUCUUCGCCCUCUUUAAUAUCACUUUCUUCGAACGAUCCACUAUUAACCGCUUUUGAACUCUCCUGGGAUCUCAGACGACUAAGCAGAAUGGAAACGGAAUUUAAACAAGAUUAUAUAGAAAUGAGAAAUCAAGUUCAACAAUUCGCAACCAGUCUUUUGGAUCAUGCCAGAAAUUCAUAUGAAUUGGAAAUCAUGCUAAAUUAUGAUCCUGAUGGGGACACCUGGGUAACCGGCGAAAGGCAAACACUUGAAAGACUCAAACUGGCAAUAAAAUACAAGCAAAAAGCGUUUAUCGCGCAUCCGAACGUUCAACAGCUUUUGGCAUCUAUUUGGUAUGAAGGUUUACCAGGAUUUAGAAGGAAAAAUAUGAUCGGACAAGGAAUUCAAGUCGCUAAAAUCGGAAUGAUGUUUCCUCUUUACUGCAUGAUGUACAUGAUGUCACCCACAUCUAAAAUGGGUGUAUUUUUGAAUAAGCCCUUCGUAAAAUUUAUCUGCCACUCCGCUUCCUAUGCGUUCUUUCUAACUUUACUAGGGGCGGCGUCGCAAAGAGUCGAAAUUUUAUUCCUGGAAUUAAUAGGAAUCGACUGGGUGCAGGAUAUGAUCAGAGAAUGGAAACGAAAAGAAAGAGGAGCAUUAUUUGGAAUAGCCGAGUGCGGUGUUAUACUUUAUGUAAUUAGUCUGAUAUGGGCAGAACUGCGAUCUUUGUGGUGUGACGGUCUCGAAGAAUACAUUUCUGAUUUGUGGAACGUGGUUGAUUUUAUAACCAAUAUUUUUUACGUUAUAUGGUUAUCUUUACGAUUGACUUCAUUUUACAUUACUUGGAGAGACGAAAGAGCCGGCAAAACAACUUGGUAUCCCAGAGAAGAAUGGGAUUCUUUUGAACCAAUGCUGCUCUCUGAAGGUGCUUUCGCUGCAGGAAUGAUCUUCAGUUUUUUAAAAUUGGUCCACAUCUUCAGUGUCAAUCCCCACUUAGGACCCCUUCAAAUAUCUUUAGGAAGAAUGAUAAUAGAUAUCGUUAAAUUUUUCUUUAUAUACACGCUGGUACUGUUCGCCUUUGGAUGUGGACUGAAUCAAUUACUAUGGUAUUACGCGGAGUUAGAAAAAAACAAAUGUUAUCAUUUACCCAGUGGUCUUCCUGAUUUUGAUAAUAAUGACAAGGCUUGUACAAUUUGGAGGCGAUAUGCUAAUCUAUUCGAAACAUCCCAAUCAUUAUUUUGGGCGAGUUUUGGACUAGUGGACUUGAUGUGCUUCGAAUUAACGGGAAUAAAAGGUUUCACUAGAUUUUGGGCGCUGCUGAUGUUCGGUUCAUAUUCCGUAAUUAAUAUUAUCGUUUUACUAAAUAUGCUAAUUGCCAUGAUGUCGAAUUCUUAUCAAAUUAUUUCCGAACGAUCUGACACCGAAUGGAAAUUUGCACGAAGUCGACUUUGGGUAAAUUAUUUCGAAGACGGUGACACAGUCCCUCCUCCAUUCAACAUAAUGCCGACUCCGAAUUUUAUUUUAAAACAGCUGGGUCUAAAGAAGGGCGAACGAAGUUCUCAGAGUUUUAAGGAAAAAUCUAAAGAACAGGCACGAGAACGUCACGAAGUUGUGAUGAAAUUGUUGGUAAGAAGAUACGUAACCGCAGAACAAAGAAAAAGGGAUGAUUACGGUAUUACUGAAGAUGAUGUGAUGGAAAUUAGGCAAGAUAUCUCUAGUUUAAGAUACGAACUCAUUGAUAUAUUAAGAAAGAACGGCAUGAAAACUCCUAGUAUUAACGUCGAUGAUUGUCAAGUCUCUGGUAAGAAGGGAAAGGUAAUGGAGAGAAGACUGAUGAAGGAUUUCCACAUAGGGAUAGUAGAAGGAAUCGUCCAAGAGAUGAAAAUGAAUCCGCUAGAAACUACAAACGUUUUCGGUCACAUUGCCAAAGUUAUAGGGCGUAGAGCAACGUUCAAAUCGACGAAGAAGAAGGAUUGGAACUCGCUGGUAAAGAAGAACGCCGUAAGCGAUCCUAUCGGUUCGGCGCAGGAAUUGGAAAGCGCUCGAGUCAAGCGACAGAGCUUAAGAAAGCACAUUAUUUCCAAUCCCGAAUUGGACGAUGAAAAAUUGAUUGAAUACAACCCUAAGCUGACGGAAAUUCCUAAGAGAGCAAGAGUGGCUUAUGCUAAAUUCAUGACGAAAAAGAUCCAAACAGAGUACCAUUCGGAAACAGAGAAGAUACCUGUCAGUGAGGAUGCACCUUCUAAAUCUCAAGCCGCUGAUACCAAGAGAAAGCAGUCGGUUACUUUCGGAGCCGCUCAAAUUAAUUCAAGCGAAAUAUCGGAGGCCGUAGCUCCCGAAAAGCAAGAUAGAAAGCGUAGCGUUGAUAGAAAUAUAAAGGAGCAAGAUAAAAUAGAAGGAAAGCUCUCUCCUUUGCCUGAGUUAAAUAAGGAUCCUGCUCCUACAACUUCAGCCUCAUCGGUAGGUGUAAAAGUAGAUGUAGAGGUCCCAUCGGCCAAAGCCGUGGAGAAGCCACCAGAGCAAAUUAAAUCACUCACAUCAGAAACACCACCUGAGAUAUCGACAGAAAAAAAAGUUGAAGACAAAAAACCGAAAUCAGACACUACACCAUCAUGUAGCGAAACCAAACAGACCAAAAUGAUAGAAGAAAAGUCGCAAAUUCCUGAACCGCAACUGACGGAUGAUAAAAAUAAACGGGAUAACGAGCAACUGGACUCGCAUUUAUCAGUAGAUAAUAAAGACACAUCUAAACCAUUAUCGGCGAGAUCGAAAUUGACGGGAAAGGUGCGUACAGGAUGGAUCUGAAUUAGUUUUUGUAGUAGGAAAAAAUACGAUUAUUUAUGUACUGAUUUACAGUAAAUAGAAUAAAAAUAUAGUA